GAGGACGACGCUUUAAAUUGCUCUAAACUCCUUGAGGCUCGCGCCUUUUCUUUAUCAGUGUGAGAGACGGACAGUUCUUUUUUUAAAUAUAUAUAUACCAAGGGUUGGAUCGUCCCCUCAACCUGCUUCAUUUCAAAUCAGGAUUACACGUCAACAUGAGUGACAAGGGUAUUGUCUCACCAAAGGAAGAGGGAGCAGAGAAGAGGGGACGUGGAAGACCAAGGAAGCAGCCACAGGCAAAAAGUGGUUCUGAUGAGCCCAGUGGGUCCCCCACUCCAAAGAGGCCCAGGGGAAGACCAAAGGGAAGCAAGAACAAGGCUGCCACAAAGGGCAAGAAGGUACCAGCAGCCUCCACUGCAGGGAUGAAACGCAGGGGAAGACCUAAGAAGGAGGAAAAAGAAGAACAGGCAGCCCAGGAAUCAUCUGAAGAAGAGGAUGAGGAAGACCAGUAAACUUGCAAACCACGCUACCUCACUCAACAUACUGACUUCCCGUCAACCACAGCUGGACUGAAUCUCCAAUAACGGUGCCACCCCAAUCCCUGUUCUACUGUUCACUUUUUUGCCUUCUAGCCAAAGGAGGGUCAACAACACAGUUCAUCCAACCUCACACUGCACUGGAAAACAAAUGGAUGUUUCUCAACAAGCAUAUAUCUAUCAAAGCAUUAUAGGUCAGGUGGCAGACAACCCUUUCUCUAUGUGUAUGUUGUGGUAUUGCAAGUCUUUUAUAUUGGACAAACGUAUGCUCUGAUGGUGAAUCUCCGGACACACAUCUUGCAAAAGACCGUGUAUAGGACAUUCUCUUGGCUUAGCGUUACUAAUUUCUCCCCUCGCACCGGUAUCUUGAGCUGGUAGGACAUAUAAACUUUCCAGGUUUUCUAAUGGAUGAAAGGAGAAUUUUGUCUAUACUUGCUGUUUUUAAGUGUGAAGUGGUUAAUCUGUACUUUACACCUUCUUACACUUGGUUGAUCAAGCUGAUCUUGAGGAUAUACAGAAUGAGUAUUCAAUUUAUGAUUAUAGAAAUGGUAUCCAUGUAUAAUCUCUGUAGUUUUUAGUCAUUUAACAGAUGUUCUUAUCCAGAGCGAUUUACAGUAAUGAGUGCAUACAUUUCCAUAUCUUUUUUACCCAUACUGGUCUCCCUUGGGAAUUGAACUCGCAACCCUCACUGAAAAAUCACCACGCUCUACCAACCGAGCCACACGGGACCUUUGAUUGUGUGGAAUUGGUUCUCCCAUCCAAUAAGCUGACCCUAAAUAGCCUCUCUAAUGUGGCUUUUGUUUGUCUACCUAUAGCCUCUGUAGGGCUCCACUGGAAAAGGCUUGUGUAAAACUAUAGUGUACUGUUACUAAACAAAGAGCUGAUCAGAGUGAAUGUUUUUUUUUUUUUUA